AUGCUGGGGCGACUGUUGAGCACGGCUGCCUCGACGUUGAACCCAGCCGCUUAUACCUCGCGGAAUACCACCCACCUCGAGUCCGUUACCGAGGAGGAACACACCUCUGGGUUGCUGUUCCCGGAUGCCAGUCUACUGCGACGCUCCAACACCAAUGCCUAUCCUCUUCAGACGUCCUUCCAUUCUCCAAAUGCCUCGACAGCCGGUGCCUAUGAUGAUCGCGGUGCUAUCGAUUUGGAUCCGGUGAAGGAUUUCCGGGUGAUUAUCGCGCAGAAUUCCCUCGGGGAUCGGGAUGCGUGUGUGCUGCUGGAUACUCGUGCGCCAUCUUCGGAACCCCCGGUCAUUGAGCCGUCUGGAUUCAAUCAUGCUCGUACGGUCUCCAGUCUCUCCCGCGGUUCGCGGCGUGGCUACAUGCUGGGUCACGAGCAGAAUUCGUACUUCGGCCCGCUUGAUGCUCGGAGGUCGUCUCCAGUUAGCCCUGGAGCCUUUUCACGCGCUCGAGGUCGCAGCUCGACAUUGUCACCGACAGCUGGGGUUCACGAAUCAUAUCAUUCCCGUCAUUCCGCUGACUCAAACGAUUCCGGUCUAUUAAAUUGUAUAUUUGGCAGCAGCGCCUUCAGCUAUCGGGGCUCAUCCACAAAAAUGCACAUCAUAUCGGCCGACGAUGAACCGGAAAACACAGGGGCCGCAUUGUCUACAUCUCAGAGCACUGAUCCGCGGGGUAUUCCGGCAAGGAGCCCGCUCUCUCGGGCGCACACCACAGGGAGCUCUGCUGGCCUUUCGAGCCAUAGCCCUGAGCGGGUUAAUGACAACAAGCCUCCGUCAAAGGUGACUGUGCUCUUGACCAGAAUGUUCAGUGUCAAUCUCCCCGAUGGCGGUGAUGCUUCGUCCGUGGACCGGCGUAGUUCCGUCGCUUCCACCUACCAAGAGUCUCUGCCACCCGAAGCAGGUUUUCCGUUUCAUGAUCCCACGAAGUUCAAGAAGAUCAAAGAAAAGAAGACUCCAAUGUACGCUGUAGCUAUCACCAUUCAAAUCCCCUUACUGUCACGGACCUCAGGCCGUUCAUCACGGGUCGGCCCGGAUUCCCCCAGGCUGCCCAUGUCAUGCUCGCUCGAUUCCGGUCAGCGUUGGCGAAACGGGUUCCUCGAUGACAGCAUGUCUCUCGCUUCCCCACCUGCUAGCUUAGAUGAAAGGAUUGACGUGUUGGUGGACCACUGGGACGUCAUCACUCGCACCCUGUCACACCUGGAAAGACUAGCUCGGAAGGAGAUCCUUUUUCUCUUGAAGAAAGUUGAUGCGUUGUCCGGCCCUCACCCAAAGCCUGCCAAGGCUCCGAAUAUGCAACGGACGAACCAGACCAUUGUCCACCUUCCCGCAAAUAUACUCUCAGUGAAUUCGACCCUCAAGGAUGAAUCGCUGCAAAGCACUCGGAGGAUUAGCAGGGCUCUCCAGACACCGUAUGUUGUGACUGGACAAAGCCGAUGGGGUGUCUGGCGGGAAGAAGGUCGUUCAAUCGUCCGUAACCUCGGUGACAAAGAGCAUAGCUUUUUCUUUCUGGUCUUGAUCACUGCAUUUCUGGGAAACCAUACGGAAUGGCUCAACUCUAUGAGUCCGGAUUGGUACAGGCGCCGUAAUUAUUUACGGCAAAAGGCCCAGCAAGAUUCGGAUCCUGUUAUAUCGCAACGGACCGUAAUCAUCUCUCCGGACAAGAUGACGGCCAGGAAGCUGAUCUUUCUUUUGGCUGCCUUUCUACCAGCAAAGCAACGUUUUGAGCCGUUUUCGUCCCCUGUCAGGCCAGAAACUAGUGCGUCUGUGCGUAAUGUUUCACAGAGCCCACCCAGCGUUCCUUUGCUCCGACAGGAAGAACUUCGCAAGGUCAUUGAGCGCCGGUCCCGUGCGCAACGCUUGAAUCUGGGAGAUGGUGACGACCAUGAGAGAUCAGUGAGCGUCUCGUCCAAUGAGACUUCACAUAGGGGGACGGACGACUUUGAAUCAAACGUUCCUACCGACUACUUGGGCAGCAGAAGAGGUUCGGAUGCUCGUUCCAUAAGAACCCUGAAUGUCCCUAUGCAUUCGUCAGAUGUUCGAGGUACUAGGGCUAGUGUAGCUACUGUCUCUGCUGCAACACCGAGUGCCACAGUCCCUGUGCCACACUUUUCUUCGGGACAAGGAAGGUCUGCUCACGACGGAACCGACUCCACUGUGGUCGAUGGAAAUGAGAGCUUUGCCUCAGAAACCUUGUUGAAAAGCUUGAAAAGAAGCGGGAGCACUAAUGCCAGCAGCAACAGUGGCAUUUCUUCGGCGGGUGGCCGCUGGGGCAAUCUCUUGUCAGGGCUUUGGAGCUCUCGCCAAGGGACCUCCACAGGUCGUGAAGUUACCGUCCCCGAGAUCCACAAGCGAUCAGUUUCUGCAGUUGUUGGCCCUCCAAGAAGAGGCCCAAUUAACCUGAGUCAGAUGGUCAGAGAAGCCUCGAAUACCCCUAUCCGCGAACAUGCUUCGGAAAUCAGAGCGAGUGGCAAUAUCUCGAUCCCGAAGACGCCUGCCACGUCCGACGACGUUGCAGAGGAUCUGCAAGAGUCGCCUUCCAUGGCUGACUAUGCCAAGGAGUCUCCGUUGAAAUUGUUCGUACGCGCUGAGGAUGGUGUGGUUGAUGUUGGCCUCCCUCUACCUGGGUUUGUAUCUCUUUCGUCUUCUGGUGACUCCACUGUAGCCUCGCCUAAGAAACCACGAACUUCGGUAACGAGCGUUGAUGCUAUGGCAUCGACACACAGCAGUGGCUCUGUUGGAUUCCACUGUUCACCACGGGACUAUGAUUGCCCUAAUGUUAACGUCGCUGGCUGGCUGAAGACAUUUCACGAGGACUUCUCGCUCCAAGCAGUACGGCCGUAUGCUGCUUUAGAGACUGACAUUAGGCGUGCGAUGCGGGCUGAAGCCGAUGCGAUGCCAUUUCCUCCGUUCACUCCUAGCUUUGAUGGGCCAGAGCAGUGGGUUGAUGUUGCUACUACACUCAUAGCAGAUACGCGGACAUUUUCUGUUAAACGGUUGCGUCUGAGACGGAAGAUUCACGUGGAUAAUGGAGGCUUAUUUUCAUCUGUCAGCCCAUCUCGCCCAGUUACUCCACGCCAAGUAUCUGCUGGCUCCACUGUAACCCAAAGUUCCGGCUUCUUUUCCCAUGGUACAAGCUCUAACAAGACCUCUUCCAAUUGUACCGAUGGGAAUCCCUCCGGUCAUGAGGAGGUUUUUGUGGAAGAGACGGUCAUGGAUCUUGAUGGCACUCUCGUUGAUGCCGUGGAACGCGUUCUUGCACAGAGUGGCCAAUCUUCACUGGCACAUUCUCGGACACCUUCACCUCGGAAUCGUCCAGGAGAGGAGAAGAGCAGCACUGAACCUGCUUCUCGAGGCGAGCCAGCUUAUCCCGAGGUUCCCCGGGGCGAAUGCCGCAAAAUAGUCCUCGGGGCUCUGGAAGAAGUAGUUCGCAGUGUGAUUGCUGAACAUUGUCGUGAAGAUGCCGAUGAUGGGAUCAACAUUGCUGACCGAGAACGCAAGAGAUCCUUGGCAGGAACAGACAAUACCUUGAGAGAAGGGGUCAGGAGAUGGCUUCUCAAUGCCGAAGAAUCUUGGUAG